GUGCAGAGUGGUGGGACACUCGCUGCAGACCGGCAGACUAUCUUCAACACUUCUUUUAAGCUACAGCAACAAAAACCAUGUGCAGUGUGAUAACCACAAAGGGCAAUGUGAGUUUCAGUGAGAAUACACAUUGUGGAAACAGGAUGAAGUUGACCAGUGAAAAGUUGCCCAAGAACCCCUUUUAUGCCUCUAUAUCCCAGUGUGCUGCUAAGAGCCAAAAAUUCCUCCAAUGGAGAAAGGAAAAGACUGAUCACUACAGCCAUGCUAAUUUGGUGGAGAAGGCAUUGCAGCUCUUGAAGGAAAGAAUAAGAAGAGGGGACACUCUGGCAUAUUUCCUACGAGGUCAACUAUAUUUUGAAGAGGAAAAAGGAGUGAACUAUAUGAAGAAAAUUCUUGAUUCUCCAUGUCCCAAAGCAAGACACUUACAAUUUGCAGCUGCUUACAACCUUGGAAGAGCUUAUUAUGAAGGAAAAGGUGUUAAGCGAUCAGAUGAGGAAGCUGAAAGACUGUGGCUUUUUGCUGCAGACAAUGGAAAUCCAAAAGCCAGUGUGAAGGCUCAAGGUAUCCUAGGAUUGUAUUAUUCAACAAAAGAGCCUAAAGAGCUAGAAAAGGCAUUUUAUUGGCAUUCAGAAGCAUGUGGCAAUGGCAAUCUGGAGUCCCAGGGUGCACUUGGUCUCAUGUACUUUUAUGGACAAGGCAUCCGCCAGGAUACUGAAGCUGCCCUGCAUUGCUUAAGAGAAGCAGCGGAACGUGGAAAUGUCUAUGCUCAAGGGAAUCUCGUGCAGUAUUAUUAUAAGAUGAAAUUUUUUACAAAGUGUGUUGCGUUUUCCAAAAGGAUUGCCGAUUAUGAUGAGGUUCACGACAUCCCCAUGAUAGCCCAAGCCACGGACUGUCUGCCGGAGUUCAUCAACAGAGGCAUGGCCAUGGCAUCUUUCUACCAUGCAAGAUGUCUUCAGCUUGGCUUGGGCAUCACAAAGGAUGAAGCAACAGCUAAACAGUAUUAUUCUAAAGCUUGUCGUCUGAACCCUGCAGUGGCAGAUGAACUUCACUCCUUACUUAUUCGUCAAAGAAUUUAG